AUGCAGACCAUCAUCUCGAAGAAGCAAUCCAUGCGAAUCAAGAAGGAGGAGGGCUGGUACUCCGAGGGCGAGAUGAAAAAUGACUUGGGAUGGUCCACGAACAAUGCUUACGACGGGGUCCAGGAGUUUUGGGUUGUUGUUCGUGAAACUGGCGAACGAACAACGGAGACCAGCUACGAGGAGAUCCACAAGAAGAAUUCCAAGGCUUCCUCUGAGCCGCAGUUCCACUUGUCUGGUGACAAGUUUGCGGGCUUGGAUGCCAUGGAGGACCGGGAAAAAAAGGAAGCUGCACUGGCAAUUGAGGAUCCAACCAUGAUCGAUAUGGACAGGUGUGUGCCGGCCUUGGAGGCAAGCUUCAAAGAAGUUGAUGCUGCAUAUGAUUCCUGCAACGAAGCUUGGGCCAGAGGGGAGGCUGACAAGUUCCGCUCGACAACGUUCAUUUCGAUGGCAGAGGACCGCAUGAAAAAGGCCACCUUCACGUGA